CCAAAAAUAUCUAAUUCUCAAAUGCAAAAGAAAAUCCAAACUUUUAAAGGCUCUUUUCCAUUCUUCCUUUUUGCCCCUCUCUGCUUAUGGCCACUACCAGCAGCUUAUGUUCAUUACCGACUCAAUCCCCAACUCUCCCAUCCAUUUCUCUCUCCUCACUUCCAUCGCUCAAAACCCAUCUUCCCCAACAACCCCAUUUCCCCUUUCCCCCUUUCUCCACCAAAUUAGGCACCAACUUCAUUAACAAUGACACAUUAACCCUUCCGCCGCCGCCGGAGGCGGCUGUUCUGACGGUAGAAGCGGCGAGAGAACAUGUUCUGGUGGAUGCCAGAGGGUUUUCUGAAGAUUGGAGCUGCAAAAACCUUGAGAGAAUGGAGGGGAGUUGUGGGGGUGAUGGGACUGUAGCUUGGAAGAAGAAGAGAAGGAAAAGGAGAAAAGAGGUGGGGCUGAAAGCUGAGGAAAAUUGGGCUGCCUUGUCCAGUGGACCCUUGAGACCUGGAUAUUUGAGCCCAAAAGAAGAAGCAGAGCUUUGUCUUUGUCUAAAGGAGGCAGCACAGCUUGAAGAGGCAAAAACUAGAAUCAUGGAAACUCAAGAGCAUGAACCUACAAAUAGGCAAUUAGCCAUUGCCCUGGGCACCAAAUUAGGGAGUAUAGAUAGAAUCCUUUGUAGAGCAAGAGAAUCAAGAGAUCGACUCAUUCGAUGCUAUAGCAAACUAGUCAUUUCAAUUGCUGCUCCAUAUCAAGGCAAAGGGUUAAGCCUUCAAGACCUCACUCAGGAAGGGAACAUUGGUCUUCUUAAAGGAGCAGAACGAUUUGAACCAAAUAGAGGACAUAAAUUAUCAACUUAUGCUUAUUGGUGGAUAAGACAAGCUAUAAUUCGAGCCUUGGAUAAAAAGUCAAGACUUGUAAGACUGCCGGGUCACAUGGGUCAGAUGGUAGCAAGAAUAGCAGAAGCAAAUAAUCAUCUUGGCCUAAAGUUAUCACGACCACCUACCCACAAGGAAGUCGCCGAAUCUCUUAAAGUCCGUGUUUCAACCGUAAGACUGGUAACGGAAAGGAGUAAGCGCCCAAUUUCGAUCAAUCAACCAGUAAAUGACCGAGGUUGCUUAACCCUGCAGGAGAUCAUGCCAGGACCAGACAAUUUGACACCGGAGAAUAUGGUAAUGAGAAAACUGAUGAAGCAAGAAGUGAAGAGGCUUCUUAAUACUCUUAGCAAAAGAGAAGCACAUAUAUUGAGCUUGUACUUUGGCCUCAAUGGAGAGAUUCCUCGAUCCUUUGAGGAGAUAGGCAAGUCGUUGAAUCUCUCAAGAGAGACAAUUCGACAAAUCAAUGUCGCCACAUUGUCGAAACUAAAGAAUACCGACAUUCUAGACUAUCUUAAAGAAUAUCUAGUGUAGAUACUUCAAGCUACAAGGAAAAGUUACGAGCGAACAUUGGAUCGAUUGUUGAAGGAUUUUGAAGAGUAUUAAUUUUAUGCAUCAAGAUUCAAAUAUCUCUUUGGUACAUCAAAAAGGAGUUAUCCAAAUGGUUGAUUGAAGAACUGGUCUUUUGUUUGCUAGUGUAAAUAAUAAAUAAGAAACCAGAUCCAUUGAUGUUUACAUUAUGUAUUCGUAUUGUUCUAUAAAAUGAAAUAUGUCGACUUGAAGUUGAUACAACUGAAAGCUGAUUGUAGAGAAUAAAAUAGUGAAUCUUGAAAAACAA